AUGGCAACAAGGCAUAAUACAAAGUUCGAUGCGAGUCGUACGAACGGCUGUCGAAGUUGGCUGUUAAAGAAUUACACUGUUACCAAAGUGGAGGGUUUAGAAUGCCGUGAAUUUGAAGGUCGCACACUUAAACCAUAUCCAACAUUAGCCAUGAUUUACCGAGGCCUUAUACAAUCACGCAUAAGUGUAUUUUACUUUUUUGUGUUGGUAUUCACAUCACAAUAUAUAAUUCGAAUAUGGGCUUGGGUACCUGAUAUACAAUCCAAUUACGAAUUCAGAUAUGAAGAUAUCCGAAGCGAAGUAUUUUAUGGUAAUCAUACGUAUAGUGAUCACUUCAAAUUAUUGGAUUCAACAGAUGAUUACAUCUUAUUAGGUGGACGGAAUAACCUGUAUAAUGUUAGCACCGACAAUUUAGUGGAAAAUUAUAAUCAAAGAAUUGAAUGGCAAUCAUUAGAGGCUCAUCAAGAAGUAUGUAAAAUCAAGGGUAAAGGAUUCAAUGAUUGUCAAAAUUACAUUCGUGUAUUAGCCAGAGACAAUGAUUUUUUGUUCUUAUGUGGAACAAAUUCUGGCAAACCACAAUGCCGUGAAUAUACGUUCAACGAUACCGUUGGACGAUAUAUUCGUGGUACAGAAUCAGAUGGUGUUGGACAAUGUCCAUACAAUCCAGAAGACAACACAACAGCUGUUUGGUAUUAUGGCCAUUUAUAUACAGCAACCGUAUCUGAAUUUACGGGCGGGGAAGCAUUGAUUUAUCGAAAACCGCAACGAACUGAACGAUCCGAUUUUAAAUCGUUAAAUGCCCCAAAUUUUGUCAAUUCAUUUGGCUAUGGCGAUUAUGUAUUCUUUUUCUACCGAGAAACUGCCGUCGAAUAUAUGAAUUGCGGAAAAGCGGUGUAUUCCCGAAUUGGUCGAGUAUGUAAAGAUGACAAAGGUGGUCCACAUCAAUUUCGUGACCGAUGGACAACAUUCUUAAAAGCUCGCUUAAAUUGUUCAAUUCCCGGCGACUAUCCAUUUUAUUUCGAUGAAAUUCAAGGAACAAGUGACAUCAUUCGUCACCAGGAUGGAGAAUACCUUCAAGAAAUUAUUUAUGGUGUAAUGACCACAUCGACAAAUGCCAUUGGUGGUUCUGCCAUUUGUGCAUACAGUUUUAAGGAUAUUUUAGACGUAUUUGAGGGGCCAUUCAAAGGUCAAGAUGGUAUAAACGCAAAUUGGUUACCAGUGCCGCAAGAUAAAGUACCACAUCCACGGCCUGGUAAAUGUGUUAAGGAUAGUCGAACGUUAACUGACACAGUUGUGAAUUUUAUUAAAACACAUCCGUUAAUGGAACAAACUGUACCAGCUUACUUUUCAAAACCUGUUUUAGUCCACGUCAGCUUAAACUAUCGAUUUACAACUGUUUCCAUUGAUCCACAAGUAAAAGCAACAGACGGUAAAGCGUACGACGUUUUGUACGUAGGAACAGAUGAUGGUAAAUUAAUUAAGGCAAUUUAUGUGGAAGGACGAAAUCGAACUGUGGAUGGUGUUGUCAUAUCAAAAAGUCAAGUAUUACCAGUUGGUACACCUGUAACUGGUUUAAAAGUAGUCCGUGCCAAAAAUAAUAUCGUGAUCGUGUCGCGAUCUGAAGUACGCAGUAUUAAGAUGAAUCAUUGUAUUAAUAUUCAAAGCUGCACACGCUGUGUCGAAUUACAAGAUCCACACUGUGUGUGGGACAGUCUUGAAGCUCGAUGUGUCCAAAACGAUCAAGAUACAAUGAUUCUGAACGAUCGAUAUUUCCAAUCCGUCCAAGAUGGUGACUCGAGUAAAUGUUCAGCUGCCAAAGAAUAUAACAAUGCUCGCGAAUCGAAUGUUAUACAUCAGAAAUCGAUUUUGUCAGGCGUUGGUGAACAAGACGUUAAGAAAGAUGGUGAACCAAUCACGUUUAAUGUAUUAAAUGAUAACAGCAUCCCCACAAAUAUUGAUGAAGCGCCACCAGUACAAUCUCUGGUUAUAUACAAAGCUGAAACAUUUCAAAUAGUUUUAAUAUCAGCUAGUUUUAUUGCCCUGAUUGUUGGAUUUAUAGCAGGGUUUAUGUUUUCCCGGCGAUUUCAUCCCGUUCCGUCAUUGGUCGAUACUUCGGUUACGGAACAGCAUAAUCAUUUAAACAGAUUCACUAGUCCACAUUUAAACUCAACAAAUCGGAGUAGUUUUUUACAUCCACGUGCUAAUAAGGCAACAAAUCUAGCGUGUAAUAUACCGCCGAAUAAAAAUCUUAUCAAAAAGGAUAAUAAUUUAGAUGCGAGCAAAGAAUUAAACAACUCAAUUGAGUCAAUUGAUAAAAAUACUUUACAAAAAGUGAAAAAAACAUAUAUUUGAACUUUUUUUAAAAAUCGUUUUUUGAGAUAAUUAAAAAAUCUUUUGCUUCAUCCUCCCAUUAUAUGUCUUUCUCUCUUUAACUAUAUACAAAAAUAUAGUUAUCUUUCUAUAAUCUUCAAUGUUAAUUGUUAGCCAAAAGAAUUUUUUUGUAAACAUUGGAAUACAAUGUAUAUUUUUAAUUGAAGCAUUUUUGCCAAAAACAAUCCCCAAAGAUGGGAGAGUAUUAAUUAAGAAAGUAAUUUUUUAAAUCGAAUUGAAAUCCCCCUAAAAUGAAUUUGUAAAGGGGGACUGUCUCUACUUUGAAGUGAAGAGAAUUUUUUUUACUGAAAUGAGCAUGAAAUUUUUCCAUAUCAUGUUUUUCGUAUUUAAUUAGUAUUUGAUUAUUAAAGCGCGAUGUAGCAAUCGUGGUCAGACUGAGAAAACAAAAUAAAGCUUAUCAUAGUUUUUGUGGAAUUUUUUAAUUGAAACUGUGAUAAAGAAUAUUUCAAAUGCAUGAUUAAUUUACAAAAGGAUUACGUCAUUUUGAAAUCGAAGAUGCAGUUUUUGAGUUAUGCAUUUAUUUAUGUUAAGAAAAAUUGAUGGAAGAUUUAUUUACAGUCGGUUUAUCGAAAGGUAGUAAAGAUUCAAAAGAUGCGUCUUGUAAUACCGGAUUCGAUAGUCAUCAUCUUUCUUUCUCCUCUCAAAAAGAGAUUUUUUCGGGAAAAUAUACCAAAACAUCGAUUAUCACGCUUUGUUCCCAUGUAAAAUGGUACGUCGAAAUAUUGUCAAGAUUUUUCCUUGAAUGACGAUAAAAUUUUGGACAUCGGAUUCGAUCAGAUCGAAUAUUCCUCGUCAUUUUGAAAUCGAAGAUGAAGUUUUUGAGUAAUGCAUUUAUUUAUGUUAAAAAUAAUCGAAGGAAGAUUAAUUUACAGUCGAAUUAUCGAAAAGAAAGAUAGUAAAGAUUCAAACGAUGCAUCUUGUAACCGGAUUUGAUCAGAUCGAAAAAAAAUUAAAUAAAAUUAUUCGACGGUCGUCAUGGGGUCGUUUACCACGCUCUGUUAUCAGACUUUUCCUUGAAUGACGACAAAUUUUCGAUAAAUUUUCAAAAUGAUGUAAUCCUUUUAAAACUCAAAUCAACAUGAAGAAUGUUUUUUUAUACGAGGCGUUGAUUUGCGGUGGAAUGAUGAAGGUAAAGAAAAGAAAGCUCAAAAUAUAUAUUUUUCAAAACACAAUUUUUUUGUACAAAGUAAACAAAUUAUUUAUUGUAAAACUAUCCAUUAUUUUUCAUAAAGAAAAGUUGUUAUCCUUUAAAUAUUUUAAACAAAUUUUUUUAAAUAAAAGUCGGUGUAUUGUGCUUAUGAAGAACAUUUUCUAAAAAAAUAGAAAAACUUUUUAUGUGUCAAAUUAAUGUGAAAAUAUACUCGACAAACAAUGGACAUCUGUGAGCAAGAUAUUUAAAGGUGAAAGUGCGUGGAAAUUAUGGACAGAAAAGUAUGGUUUAGUAACACAAUAAGUCGUUAUUCAGUGCAUAUUGCUCUAUUAAAAAAACAAAGCUCUAUUUUUUGAGAAUAUUUUUAGAUGU